CUCGCCUCCUCCUCAACCCGAUAGCUUCGCUGCCAUCCACCCACCCUUCGCCUUCCCUGCUCUGCACUGCGUGCCGUCGUCGUAGCUGAGGUGAGCCAUGGCUGUCGCCGGAAGCAGAGCGUCCGCGGCCGCGGCGUGCCUCCUCCUCGCCGCCGCCGUCGCCCUCGCGGCGGUGGCGGACGGGGCGACGGCGGGCGCCCCGGCGCCGGCGCCGGCGCAGGCGGACUGCCUGUCGGAGGCCCUGAAGCUGUCGGACUGCCUGGACUACGUGACCCCCGGCAGCAACGCGACCCGGCCGCCCAAGGUGUGCUGCCGGGAGGUGAGGAGCGCGCUCAAGGACAGCGUCGCCGUCGGCUGCCUCUGCUCCGCCUUCACCUCCAAGGCGCUGCCCCUGCCCAUCAACGUCACCCGCGCCCUCGCCCUCCCCGCCGCCUGCGGCGCCGACGCCUCCGCCUUCGCCAACUGCCUCCCACAUGCACCGGCACCGGCACCGGCGGGGGCGGCGUCGAGCGGUGGCGCGGCUGCGGGACCGGCGAAGAACGCCGCCACGGCGAGAUCUCCGGUAGCGUCGUGGACCACCGCCAUGCUCGUCGUCGCCGCCGCGGCCGUGCUCGCGUCCUUUCGCACCUGAGUCGUUCGUUUAUAUAUUUAUCAUAGCAGCAGCCUCGUUAUUUUGGUAUGUCCUCGUCGCGAUCGUGGGUGACUUUUGAUUUGGUGACAAUUGAGUUUAUUACUGUAUGCACGCUGCCGUUAUUAAUUCAGAAUUUCAGAUACCCUUGGGCA